UAAAAAUAACUUUUGAUAAUGUUUUGUCCAUUUUGCAAGACCAACAUGGAACAAGUUCGCCAAAGAGCCUUAAGAACAACAUGAAUCACGGUUCUUCAACCAACACAGAUGGUUAUCUAAAACUAUUCACUUAUGACGAACUGAAACUUGUCACAAGGGACUUUGAGAAUCAGGCAUGGUUAGGUGAGGGGAGUUAUGGAAAGGCAUACAAAGGUUGGGUGGAUAAUAUGACAUAUUCACCAUGUAAGAAGAAUACUGGAUUGGUCGUUGCAGUUAGAAGAUUUCAACGCUUCUCAAUGAUGUUUGAUCCAGAAACGUUAAAAAAGUUCUGUCAUCCCAACGUUGUUAAGAUCUUGGGAUACUGCUUAGAAGGUCAUGAGGCCUUCCUUGUGUAUGAACUUAUGCCUAAUUCGAACUUUGAUAUUGACCUUGGUAGUGGAUCUGUAGCACGACUUCCAUUGGCUACAAGAGUGAAGAUAGCAGUGGGAGUCGCUCGAGGGAUUGUUUUCUUGCAUAAGACAGACGAUGAAGUCAGUAAGUCCGAGCUUGACAGGAACAAGAUAAUGCUUGAUGAGGACUUUACAGCAAAGCUUUCUGAUUAUGACGUGACUAUGUUAGUACACGGUCGCUAUACUGAAUUCUACUAUUCUAACGAGCCUGGCGACUAUACUCCUGGGUGCAGACCUUUAUUGCUACAGAGCAAUCUCUCCGGUUUUAGAGUGUUAUUCGCAGAGAUUAUAACAGGGGAACGAAUCCCCAAUGAAAAGCGUAAAAACGAAAUUGAUCAUCUCGUCAUGCGAUAUGGAAAUAAGUCCUUGGAUGAUCUUGCAGAUAUAUGUUUUGAAAUUUGCAAUGAGGUGGAUGCAGAAUCAAAUAUGGUAACUAUCUUGAAGGAACAUUACAAAUUGACACGGAACAGAAUGGCUAAGUGGCUGCCUGAUUCCAGAAACCGUGCAUAUGGAAAUACAAGUAUUUGAAGAUUAAUUUCUUGCUGUUAAAGAGGAAGUCGGACAAAUUAAAGUCAGAUCGAUUUUAGCAUUUAAUUCAAGCACGGAGUACUAAAAGGAAAAUAACCAAAGUAUAGAGGCAGGAAUAAGAGUUUUUUUUAAUAAAUAGGCUAGUUUACAAUAUGCUUUGUAAAAACGAGCAUAGUACCCGCGCGUUGCAGCGGCUAGAAGAUAAGGACAAUAUAAAAUGAAGGCGGUGGUGGUGAUCGAAGAAUGCGCAGGAGAAGGAUGUUGUGUGUUUUGUGGGUUUAAAUUUUUGAUAAGGGUACUUUCUGUAGAUACUUGAGGAGGUGUAAAAAACAAUAAUAGUAAGAAGGGUAUUAUGGAAAUGAAAAAAUUGCUUAAUUUCUUAAAA